AUGGCCAUGGCGGCCGCCGUCCUCGCACGCCGGCGCCUCCUCCGCCUCCUCGCGCCGAGCCCGAACCCUAAACCUCCCUCCCUCUCCUCCAGCCCCUCCCACUCCUUCGACGCUCCGGCAACCGCCCGCCAGCGCGACCCCGAGCGCGAGGGUGACCUCCUCUCGCGGCGCCUCCUCCGUCUCCACUCGAUGGGCUCGGUCGCCGCCGCCAUCGAGGGAUGGGCCCAGAUGCACGGCCACGGCCGGCGGCCGGGCCUCCAGCGUGCCAUCUCCCAGCUCCGGCGCGCGCGCCGCUACAAACACGCGCUCGAGAUUUUAUCAUGGAUGGACUCGCACAAAGAUAUUAAACUAUCACCAUCGGAUCAUGCAGCUAGACUGGACUUGAUUGGGAAAGUACACGGUACUUCACAAGCUGAGGAAUACUACAACCAACUACAGAAACCUGCUUCUAGGGAAGCUGCGGCAUUCCCUCUCCUCCAUCGCUAUGUUGCUGAAAGAAAUGUUCAGAAAGCUGAGAACCUUAUGGCUAGUCUGCAGAGCGUUGGGCUGCCGGUUGAUCCUCACUCGUUCAAUGAAAUGCUGAAGCUUUAUGUUGCAACAUGCCAGUAUGAGAAGGUACAUAGUGUAAUCAAUCUGAUGAAACGGAACAAUAUCCCCAGAAAUGCUCUCUCAUAUAACCUUUGGAUGAACGCAUGUUCUGUAUCUGGUGUUGCCUCUGUACAAUCAGCGUUCAAGGAGAUGGUUAAUGAUGGUAUGGUUGAGGUUGGUUGGAGCGCAUACUGUACAUUGGCCAACAUCUUCAGGAAGCAUGGACUGAAUAGUGAAGCCCUGGCUUGCCUCAGGACGGCCGAAACAAAAUUAUCAAGAACGCAACGCUUCGGAUAUUUUUUUGUAAUGACAUGUUAUGCGGCUCUCAAUGAUAGCGACGGGGUUACGAGACUGUGGGAGGCUAGUAAGUGUGUCCCUGGAAGAAUCCCUGCUGCAAACUACAUGAGUGCUAUUAUAUGUUUGAUAAAAGUUGGUGAUAUUGACCAGGCUGAGUGGAUCUUUGGAAGCUGGGAAGUGGAGUGCGGGAAGUAUGAUGUGCGGGUUUCAAAUGUUCUUCUAGGCGCUUAUGUGAGGAAUGGCUGGAUUGAAAAGGCUGAGAAGCUCCAUCUCCACGUGCUAGAGAAAGGCGCAUGCCCAAACUACAAGACGUGGGAGAUACUGAUGGAGGGAUUUGUUGAGAGUAACCAGAUGGACAAAGCUGUCAAUGCCAUGAAGAAAGCUUUAUCUUCAAUGGAGAGCUGUCAUUGGAGACCUCCACUCAAACUAGUUGAGGCCAUCGCAGCAUUCUUUGAGGAGCAAGGAAAUGCAGACGAUGCAAACAGAUACAUUAAGGUUCUUCAAAAGUUUAACUUGACAAGUUUGCCCUUGUACAAGUCCGUGCUCCGAACGUAUAUUAAAGCUGACACUGUGGCAACUGAUAUUGCUGAGAUGAUAGCAAGAGAUCAGAUAGUUAUGGACGAAGAAAUGGACCACUUGAUCAUACGUGCUAGCAAGAUAGAUACCAGAGGCAAUGUGUAACUUUGAAAUGUAGCAACCUGUGAGGCAGACACAUGUUAAAGAACAUUUCAGCUGACAUGGCAAAAAUAGAUCUGCAGAUUAGACCAACAAUAGCACAAUGAGCUUCAUUGCUUAGUAGGCAAGGUUUUGAGCAAACUGAGUUGUUGGCUUUGCUAUGAGAAGUGGUUGUUUAUUAAGACAACAGUUAUAUACUUAUAUCUUUGCUGUGACUAGUGAGGAGACAAGUUUGAGAAGUUUGGAGGGCAUUAUACUUUUGGAGGAGCUAGGUGAGUCGUGUUCUUAUACACUUGUAAAUGUGCCCAAUGAUGAGAACAUAUCUAGUAAUAGACCAACAGAAACUGGACCGCUGGAUCGUGUGAGAAGGGACAUGAUGAAUGCCCAUAAGAUGGGCAAUCCACGCUACAGAAUAUACGAAAUGAACCCUGGGUUGCGUUUGUAAUUGAGGGAGAGGCCAUUUUUCUAUCUCAGUUGCAAUUUGUUCUUUCAUUUCUCCAUA